UCAGCUGCCAGCUGUAAGGCUCGUGUGGUGUUAGAGGGGCAGGCUGGUGUGAAUACAGGCUCCAGGCCCUCCUGGCUGUGUGACCUUGGCCAGGUCACUAUACCUACCUGAAGAGCCGUUUAUCUCCACAGGCUUCUGUCAGAGGAUGCAGCUCGCUGCUCUCUGCUGCCAGCUAUCUCCCAGCACUAUGGCCUUCAGCGGCAAAUUCGAAUUUGAGAGUGAGAAGAAUUAUGACGAGUUCAUGAAGCGCCUGGGCCUUCCAGGAGAUGUGAUUGAAAAGGGACGUAACUUCAAGAUCAUCACAGAGGUCCAGCAGGAUGGACAAGACUUCACCUGGACCCAGUCUUAUGCUGGGGGCAACAUUAUGACCAACAAGUUCACCAUUGGCAAAGAAUGUGAAAUGCAGACCAUGGGGGGCAAGAAGUUCAAGGCCACUGUGAAGAUGGAGAAUGGGAAGGUGGUGGCAGAUUUCCCCAACUAUCACCAGACCUCGGAGAUCGUGGGUGACAAGUUGGUGGAGAUCUCCACCAUUGGGGGUGUGACCUAUGAGCGCGUAAGCAAGAGGCUGGCUUGAGCCACAAGGCUGGGCUCUGAAGGGCUGCAACCCACCAAUAAAAGUGCUCCAUG